AUCAUGGUUCUUUGUGAAAUGUUACAGCCUAAUAACCCGGGUCUUGCUCUGCUGAGGAAUUGCGUAGAAUCAGAAAGGACCUGUUGUGAAAAUUAAGAUUGGUGAGGCUGGUGUUUUAGACAGGCAGACUCCCCAGAUUUUCUUUCUUCAUGCUUGCUGUGGUCAGUAGUAGCAGCCUGCCAAGGAAGGAUCAAUAUUUUUUUGUCUACUUCACCAGAGGAAAAUGUGGCUGUGCAGUUUUAUUUAGAUGGAUUGAUGGCAGAAUUAAGAUGCUCUGGCUUCAAGAAAAUAGCAUGCAACUUGCCAAAUGCUCCUUUCGACUCCUCUUGAGGAAUCUCUCUGCCUCUAAGACUGCUCUGCCUGUGCUGACCUUAUUCACAAAGCAUCCAUGUCCCCUUUGUGAUGAAGCCAAGGAAGUACUGGAGCCUUAUAAACACAGAUUUAUUUUACAGGAGGUGGACAUCACACUUCCAGAAAAUUCUGCAUGGUAUGAAAGGUAUAAAUUUGACAUCCCCGUCUUUCAUUUGAAUGGCCAGUUUCUGAUGAUGCAUCGAGUAAACAUCUCAAAACUUGAAAAACACCUCCAGAAACUUGAGCAGCAAGGUGCUGGAGGCUGAUGAACACCCUCAUGAUUUUCCAACCUCUCUCUCCUGAGGAACUGACCAUGGCCUCAUAUUCUUUUUCUCACUUUCACACAACCCUAAGAAUGUUGUGAACUCAGUGGUGCCAAAUAUCAUUCCUCUUCUGAUUGAUGGAAGUACCAAUGUGGGAACCGGUUAACUGUUGGCAUUUUAUAAAAUAAGAGGAGUGUAUUGUCAGGGAGGGGAUGAUGGAGGGUGGAAGAAGUCCAUUUGUUUUAUUUACUUUUCUCUUUUGUAUUCAUAUGGAAGCAUUUCAUAUUCACUGGACAGAGCCAUUUAUAGGAAGAAGGCUCUGUGUCCCUCCUGCUGCCCUCGGGGCUUAACUUUUUAAUGAAAGAAUAAAUGCGCCUUCGUUCAGUAGGUACAGUGAAAUGUGAAUUGUUAAUAACUGUGCACAGUCAGUAAAGAGAUGUCUUAACAAAUACAUCUGCAUGAAGCCUAUUUCAGUGGGAUUUAAUAAUACCUGUUUAAAAUUAGAGUUCAUUUUUUUGGGUGGAAGAAUAAUUAUCCUAGUUGAAGAGGCUUCAUUAGAAUAAAACAGAAGAAAGAUUUAAACCCCUAAAAUGUACAAAAGAAUCUCAACAUGCUUUACACAGUCAGUGAAUUGAUUCGUAAUAUUUGAAGACUGCCUUUGAUAGUUAUUCAGUUAUCAUCAACUGAGUUAAUUCAACUUAUAAAACAGUAGUUUUAUCAGGUUUUAAUCUCUUGGGGAAAAUUCACUUCUGACCAUAACUGGACCGAUAUGUCAUCUAAAGACAAAAUAUUCUUCACCAUUUUAUGUAAAGUAUUAAAAAUAUAGUUGUGUACCCUUAUUUAUAUUUAAUCAGGUUCAACCAAUAUAGGAAUAGAUUCACUUAAAAACAAAACUGCCUUUUCCUCUUAAAAUCACAUCAUUGCAAUUUCAUCUAUAAUGAAAUUCUUUUGUGAACUAUUUUAAUGAAUUUGGAUAUUGUGAGUCACUUAGCUGGAUUUUAAUUUCAGCAGUAUCAUUUAGACUUAGAAAUUACCAGAAUACUAGAACUGGCAACCUUAUACAUUGUCUAGUCCCACUGCCUCAUUUUAUGCAUGUGGAGGAGUCUGACAUUCAGAGAGUUUCAGGGUCUUAGCCUAAGUUCACACAGCCAGUCAGCUGUCAGACCAGGUCUUGACACCCACCCCAAAUUUCCAGUGCUACCUGGGCCCCAGUGCAGGGGUCUCAUUGUAUUAUCUCACAUACAGCAUCCUCAACCAUUCUAGAAUCAACACAAAUUUGGAAGCAACUUAAAAAGCCUUCCAAGGUGACAAAAGAAAAAAAAUCUUACAAUCGAAUAGCAGUGUUUAUAAUUUACAAAUUUCUGGAACACAUCUUAUUUGAUAUUAUAUAUAUUCAUCAAGCCCUGUGGUAAGCAAAAUUCUAGGAUGACCUCAAUGAACUGUCACCCUUGUAUAACCUCCUCCCCUUUAAGUGUGAGUAGAACUCAUGAAUAUGAUGAAAUAUUACUGGUGUGGUAAUGUUCCAUUAUAUGGCAAAAGGAAGAUUAUCCUGGGUGGGCCUGAUCUAAUCAGAUGAGCUCUUUAAAAGCAGAGAGUUCUCUCUGGCUAGUUGCAGAAGAGGAAAUCAGAGAGACAUCCUCCAGCUAGCCUACAGGGAAGCAAACAUCAAUGCUGUGAACUGCCUAGGGGGCCACACGGCAAGAACCUGUGGGCAGCUUCUUGAAGCUGAGAGUAGAUCUUGGCCAAGAGCUAACAGGAAAAUGGGGACACCAGUCCUACAGCUUCAAGAAAUGAAUCCUGGCAAUAAUCAGUGAGCUUGGAGAGGAUCCUGAGCCCCAGAUGAGAACCACAGCCCUGGCUAACACCUGGAUUUCAGCUCAGUGAGAUUCUGAUCAGAGAAUCUAGCCACACCAUGCCUAGACUUCUGAUCUACAGAAACUGUGAGAUAAUCAAUGUGCAUUGUUUCAAGCUGUUAAGUUUGUAGUAAUUUGUUAGCAAUAGAAAUUUAACAGACGUCCCUACAACAAUGAAGCACAAUGGCAGGUGGUGGGUGUUCAAAAAUGACUAAGGCACAGUCCUUGUCUUAGACAGUGUCUUUUAGGGAGCAAGGAGAGGCAAGUUGGUAAAGCACUACAACAUAGUGCAGCAAGGGCUGGAACGGAGACAUGUAUAAAAUGGUACAGCAGCCAGAUGGGGAAAGUAGCAAGAAGGCUUCACAGAAAAUUAGACUUAAACUAGGUUUUGAUGGUUGAAUAGAAGCAAUGGAGGGGGAUUGAGAAUGAGAAUGUAUUAAAUAUAAAUACACCCAGGGUACAGGGGGCCGUAGACAAGAUGGCCCACUUGAGUGUCUGAGCAUCCUGUGUUCCUUCUUCCCUUCUCCAGGCAGAGUGACAGCUGUGUGGCCCCUGUGUCCUAGUGUUGCUGAUCCUUCUCCUGGGCCACCACUUGGAAAAGUUCAAAGAGUUUCAGGGUCUGCUGAGCUAAGAGGGAGAGAAUCUGUGGGCUGGCGAGACCCAGGAGGUUUGUUCUUUAGGAGCACUUCUUGCCUGAGUAUAACCAUGUGGUUAUAGGUGUAUAGGAAGUACAGGGACUUCAACUAAAUGACAAAUUUCUGACAUUAGAAUUUCAAACAAGUAAACAAAAAUCCAUAAGAUACUUACGGGUGUUAAAAUUAAAGUGUUGGGUGACGCACCAAGAAACAAUAGGUGUUACACGCCAAAGGAAAUACUAGAUCACAGAAGGAUUGAUGGAGAUUGGGGAAAGAGGAUAUUUGGAGGAUUUUUUAAAAUGAAAUGUGUGCUCUCACUUCCCACCAAAGUAAACAGUUGGGGUCACCUGAUGUCAAGAGAAAGGGACAUAAGUGGGACUCAACAAAAAGCCUAAUGUGUGUCCCUGAGUAGGAAGAACGCAAUGGCUGAACUCCCUUCUGGGAAAUCACAUGAGAGAUGGGCUAGCAAGCCAAUUCUGCUGUAGAGUGAAGGGCAGCUGCUGUUGCUCUGAGUUUAUCCAGGGAGAGAACACGUGCGUAUUUCUUUUGAUCCAGAUGUGGGCUAAACAUGAAAGAGGGAUGGCUCGGGGGAGGCUUAGGUGCAGGCAGGCCUCAGGAGAAGCCAAGGGAGAACACUGGGUUCCUAGAGGCUGAGGAAGCGAGUGGCUGCUCAAAUGGAGAGCAUGUUUGCCUGAAUCAAGGGAACUGCAGGUGAGACACCACCAGCUAUGAGCACAGUACCCCCAAGAACCUACAAAAGCCUCUGAAAUGUGGUCAGCUCUAAAUGUUUACCAGGCCCAGAAAGCUGGAGGCCAUUUCACAACUUCACCAUUCAAGUGACAACACUCCUGUCCCUCACUUCUCUUGCCUUCUCCCAUCCCAACCCCAGAUGAAUCAGAAGCUGGCAGGAGCAAGGAAAGAAAGACCUUCCCUUUCCACAGUUUUCCGUCGGCAUAUGGCUUCUCAUUGGGCUACAAGUAUGAUAACUUUAAACCAAGUUCUAAGUUUCAAUUGUGACAUAGGAACAGACAGACUAAAUGCAAUUUAAAGUGACCAUGGGACUUUCAGUUGCCUGAGAAUGCUCAAAACAGUCCUGACACUGCCUGUUUGUUGUGUUUUUUUAUCCAAAACAGAGUAAGAAGUUUCCCAUUGAACACAUUUUAUAGGGAUAGUGAGAGACAUAAAUAAAGAUGCUUUCUGAUUGUAGUCCAAAGUAUUGAUUAUAUGUGCCUACUGUUGUUUUUACCUAUAAAUCUUCAAUAAAUUUACUGAUUUGAGAGAG